UCAUUUUUUAUCAUCAUAUAAGCUCUGCUUGGUGCCCCUGUCCCCAUAUGGUUAAUCCAGUCCAGCUGUUUCUGUUGCAGAAAGGUCCUUCCUCAUUGAUAAUACUAUCAGUUAAACUGACCACAGAGUAACGUUUCUCUGGCAAGACACAAUGCACAAUCUUUUUUAAUACACGAAUUGCACACUGACGCAAGGAGGUAAACAGUAAGAAUUCUACACCGUACGACCGUCUGUCACAUUUUCUAAAACGAUCUUGACAGGUGACCACACGUGUGCGGAGUGUGCGCUCUGACGUCAAUGAGUCGAAACGGUGGUAUAUUGACGGAACUGUUUUACGAGAUUUUGUUUCCGCCAGGUGGGACUUUUUUGCUACAAGGCUAAACGAAGCUUUGCAGUUAGCAAGCUACAGGCUAGUGCAGAAGUGAUAAUUACCAUAGUUACUAUGCGGGAAAUUAAAUAAGCCCUAGUAAUGGAACCCAACUGCCACAUAAUGAGCCAUGUAGUAAACUGAACAAGCGGUAAUCGACUGUCAUCAUUACGCAUUAUUUGCCUGCAUCCACGAAUCGUGGAUACGUGUCAUUCAGCUUGACUUCCUCAAUAUAAUAGCGACUAUAACCAAUCCGAGCACUUUGUGACGAACUUCCUGCUAAUAUAUCGUCCUUAUAUAAUUGUGGUUGGAUAUCAACAAUAAACAGAGUGUGGUGUGAAAACUGUAGCGCAGUGUAGCAGUUUUGAGCAAUGGAAGACUAUAAACAAUCUACUGGUCAUUGUUCGUCACGUAUUGCUUUCGGAUAGGUUCGAGGACGAAGCUGAGGAUUGGCAGGACAUCCAAACAGUCAUGCACAGAUUCAGUACUGCUUUCCAUAAAGUAUUUUUAAAAUGUUAGGAUGCAAAUACACAAAAGGACAACUUUCAUAGAGCAGUGAAAAAGCAUACUCUAUGCGUUUCCUAAAUCCAGCUAAAAAGAACGCUGUCAAUGCUAAUUUUUAUUACUUGAAGAGACGGAUCUCUUCCGGUUUCGCAGAAGACAACGAUUCAGCCACCUACGAUUCAAAGGAACAUAUAUGGGAUCAAGAGGCAGGAAAAUUGACGCCGAGCCUUGUGGUUCUCCUCGGGCAGCUGAUGGCUACAGCUAAAGGCCAGAGCAUCAGGGAAAAAAAAGUAACGGGCCGAAAGAGUUCCGCAGCCGCAGUUAAACGUACAUGUGUAUAGGCAGAACGUGCAUUUCAUAUCCUGCUAUUUCAAAUGACAAGCUAUAGAGUUAACGUGUAAUCUUAAAAUGACUGGGAUCACUGUUUCAGUUUCAUCAGCUACAAUGAGUGUGCUUGUGGGACAGGACAGCGAUGUGGUACUGGUGUCACAGGUAGUGUGGGACUAUUUGGACACUGCUAGACAGUCCUGGCUGCUGGAUUUUCAGAACAGGCACGGGCUGUACGUGGAAGUGGUACGGCACGGAGAAUCUGGGGACUGCUGCGCAGUCAGGCUUCGAGCAGUGGAAAACAGUGCGGCCGGGGGUGACAUCCAUCCUGCUGCUCGCAGAGCUUUCAUAGACCUGUGCCGCUGUGCCCGCAAGGAGAUGAGCAGGCAGAAUGGAGCGGCCAAGAGGAGGUGCUCUCUGCUUCCCUGUGUCAGAUCCUCACAGACCGACGGUGAGGGAAGUCUGUUGGCUCCCCCGCCUCCUCAAGCUCGCCAUAUCCAGAAGCCGCAUCUUAAAGAUAAGAAACCCAUCGAUCUGGACACCACCAUUUCUGUGCCCAUGUACCACAAUCCGUCAGCUGGAAGGGAGGCCGAAUUUGGUACCUCUCUGGGUGCAGACAGUGGGACUACCUGCACCAUAUGCAUGGGCGAGAUUGUGGAAAGAACGACGCUGGACAAGUGUGGACACUCCUUCUGUCGGACCUGCCUGGAUCAGGCAUUCCAGGUGAAGCGAGCGUGUCCAGUGUGCCGCAUGGUCUAUGGCCAGUUAAUCGGGAACCAACCUGCCAAUGGCAGCAUGAUGGUGGAGCGGGACCCAGACCUCGAGCUGCCGGGACACGAGGGCUACGGCUGUGUCUGUAUCAUCUACAGCUUCCCGCCUGGCCUGCAGGCUCAAGAGCACCCAAACCCAGGGGUGAGGUAUCCAGGAACAGACCGUGUGGCCUACCUCCCGGACAGCCCAGAAGGAAACAGAGUCUUAGGUCUGCUGCGUCGGGCCUUUGAGCAGCGACUCAUCUUUACCAUUGGUACCUCCAUGACCACAGGCAUGCAGAAUGUCAUCACCUGGAACGAUAUCCACCACAAAACCUCCAUUUGGGGAGGGCCACGAUGUUUCGGCUAUCCAGAUCCAACAUAUCUAGUUCGGGUCACAGAGGAGCUUCGAGAGAAAGGUAUCACGGCUGACUGAUUCCCAGGAUGGGAAUGGAUGCUCCAACCCACAUCCUGCUGCUACUGCUGUUAACAGGGCAGAUGGUCCACCGGCCCUCACCCUGACCCACCAACAGCACUUAUCCUUGUGGGAAUGCAGGUGUGAUCUGCACCACUCUGCUCUUCUCCCAGGUCUAGUUUUUAAAAUUAUUUUCUUUUAGAACAGGAUUUGCUCCAUCCCAGUCCUGCUGGUCAGUGAAGACAUGCAAGGAUGUCUUUCUUACCUCUCCUCUUUUUAGCAUUGAGAUAUAUCGAAAAAGAUAAUAUAGUCCAAAAUAUAGGCACUAAAAUUUUGUAACAUGAUGCAUGUCUGUUUUUAUUAACCUCUUAUUUUUUAUUUGUGGUGAUGUUGUUAAUUGUUUGUUAGUAGUCAAAGGGAAAACAAGUGUUUGAGUGGGACUACCUUUAUUCCAUAAUGGUUUCCAGUAAUAUGCUUAACGUGCACAUGUAGGCGUAGUAGUGCAGCAGCACAGCUCUCACUGGAGCAGGGCUACAGCUGUAGCUCUGUUUGUUCGUGGCAAAGAGAUAGAUAGCAUUUGGAGUAAUAAAAAAAUCACUGGGACCUCUUUCUAUCAAGCCUCAGUCUCUUAAGUCUACUUAAGUGCUACUGAAAGUCAACUCUUCCAGUGACAAUUGGUUUCCAUUUGUAAGACAAAAGUCAGGGAAGCCCUGGAAUUGUAAAGAUAUUUGUUCUCCUGGGUGGAUGUGGGUUGAAUUCUUUGAAUUGAUACGUGUAACGUUUUGUCUAAUACAGAUAUAAUAAAUAACCAUGUUUAUAGUGCA